UGUGAAAAUUUAAUUUCGAUAAAUUCCUUUUGAAGCAAAUUUGAAACUGAUAUGACAAAACGAUUCAAACUAACACAUCACACCUUUUGUCGUUUUGAAAUCAUUUUUGCAUCUAAGUCGUUUUUCAUCACAUACCUGAAUGAGUUUCUAUUCAGAGAAUUGUUAUAAAAAUUCGAAAACUGACAUUUUCGCCAGUUUUGUGUAACAGUAAACCUUCUCAAAAAACAGAAGAUGAAACAGUAGAAUAUUUAGUAUUGUAUUGAACUUACGGGUCGAUUAUGGAUGGCAACCGAACUUUAGUGGCGUUGUCAGUUGCCUGAAUGGCAACCAGAAACUUGUGGUUGCGCAACAGAAGUUCGUAAUCCACCCAUUAAAUUUUAGAAGACAAUUUUUGAGUUUACAAAUAACACACUGUAAUUGUCUUACAAAUUUCAGAAACUCGAAAAAAAAAUUUGAGUUAUGUAUUCUGAAAAAAUAUUACAUCAAAGUCUAAAAAAUAGUAAAAGGAAUAAAAAAUAUAUACAGCCCAAUUAUGAAUAAAAAUUCCGCGUGAGUUUUUUCCCUUUUCUCAUUUUUCCUAUUCAAAUUCAAUGGGAAAAAACUCCCGGGGUACAAACUCCCGCGGAUUUUUUUAUUCAUGAUUGGGCUGAUAUAUUUUGUUAAUAGUUGAAGGCAUAGAGAAUUAUACAUAGAGACGAGACACUCCGAUUUGUCAAACAAAAAUACAACAAAUCAUAUGUUUGAAAUAAAUACAUUGAAUAGCAUGUAUUUUGUUGUUGCAAGAGAUAGGUUUUUGACAAUUACGUCUCGUCUCUAUGUUACCAUAUGGUUGAAGGCCUCCAUUCUUCUUCAUUUUAAAUACAGUGAGCCUCAAAAGUGACUAAACACCAAAAAUUAUUUGAUUUUUUUUAAGAUAAUGAAAAUCCUAAAAUCUAUUCGUCGAUUCAAAUUUAAAAGUUUCGAUUUUUUGGAGAUUGAGUUGAAUAAUAGAUUCGGUUCUCAAAAAAAGAUUUAAGUCGGAAUAUAAUGAUUUUUAUGAUCUUAAAAAAAUCACUGGUGUAUAUAAAUUUUCUGAUAACUUAGUGAGAUCCACUAAUCUAAAUUUUUUUUUAAUAAUUCAACAUUUUGAAUGAAUAUCAGAACAUUUGAAAACUGUUCUAUGAUGUCUUGAACAAUGCCUUUGAACUCACACUAUGUAAUUUUUCAAGUGUAUAAAAGAGUGAAAUUACAAUAAUUAGAAUCCUCUCUUUGUCAUAUUCAAAUACUACUUUAUUACACAUACAAGCAGAUAUUAAGUGCAUAGACUAUUUGAAUCUUCAUAAAAAUUAUUUAAAUUAACAUUCCGUUAAUUCGUCAUUGGUAUAAUAUGUAUCCGCAGCUUUUGCACAUUUAAUUGUCAGUCUUAGUUUUGACUUUCAGGUUUCAAAAAUCAGUAUUGAAAUAACUAACAUUUUACAGAACACUUCUGAAACAAAUCACUUUUUAAAAAUAUUCGUCUGUAACUAUUUUAAAAACCACAAAUUAAUAUAUAUCUUUACACAUAUUUUAAAAAUAAGCUGUUAUUGUAGUAAGAACUCAAAAAAUCAGGUAGCAAAGCCAUUUAUUAUUAAAUAAAAAAUUAUAUACACAUAAUGACGGUCUGUUUUAUAGCAUUUCUAGGUUUUAAAAAAAUUUAAAUUUCAUUGAUUAAGUUGUUAAAUAUGGAUUAAAAAUAAUAUUAAAAAAAAAACUUUUUGAAUGAGAAUUUUACAUAAAAGAAAAUAUGUUUAAACAAAGCUCGAUUAAGCUUCACAAUAUUAUAGAACGUAAAAACAUCAAUAAGAACAAAAAUAAUAAUUAUAAUUAUAAUACAUUUAAAAUUUACAAUAUUAAAUUUAUUAAUCUUUAGUUGUAAUAAAUUGAACACAGUGCCUAAGUAAUCAAAAAUAAACAAACAAACAAAAAGAAAGAAAAACAUAAACAAAUAUCUCUCAAAAGGACAUUGUUACUUAUUAACAUAACAAAAAUAAAUAAAUUUAAAUUAAAAAACAAUAACGAGAAAUCUAUAAAAGAAGUGGAUGUUUAUUAACAAAUUUAAAUGAACUGGACAAAAGUGUUACAAAACUAAAAGAAAGCCUUUUUAUAAUGGCAUUUCGCAACAGUGGCUCAAUUGAUCAAAUGGAUUCAAGUAUCGAAAUGCGUUCUCCCUCUUCUCCUGUAUGUGCUAUAUUGCCAAGAAAACUACGCUUUGCGUCGCCUAGCCGUGACGAAGAAGAGGAGGCGGAGGAACACUCAGUAAUUGGAAAACAAAAAAUUUGUUUAAGAAGAAAUAUACUUGAAAGUGAUACAACAACACAAAAGUCGCAUACCCCAACAACAAUGUCUAUAUCGCCACCCUACAGAAAAGUAAGAGCACUAAGACUUUUCGAUACGCCUGCUACACCCAAAACAAUUUUGGAGAAAUCAUCUGGUAAAUGUUUAAAUCACCUCUCAGCGGUGGCUGAAGCUGAUGUGACAAAGAGACACGAAUCCUUAUUCAUUAAGACAGUAGAAAGACCACGUUCACUGCCUUUGCAUAACAGAGCUUUGGACAAUGUCAUGCAACAGCAGACGGCUAAUGUGAAUCCUUUCACACCAGAUAGUUUAAUGGCCCACAAUAAGAAACGUUGUCGCACACAAUUUGGACGGGAGAAUCUCAGUAAUAGAUCAUUGCAAUUGUUUCUCAACAGUGACGAGGACUUAGUCAACGAUUGUGAUCAAGCGCCAGAAAUGCAUCAGGCCCCAAAGCGCUUAGCUUUGCAGGACACAAACAUCAGUCGCUACAAAAAGGAAUUUGUUGAGUUAUCAGUGAUUGGAAUAGGAGAAUUUGGGAUGGUAUAUCAAUGUCUCAACCGCUUGGAUGGUUGCAUUUAUGCGAUUAAAAAGAGUAUUAAACCAGUGGCAGGAAGUUCGUUCGAAAAACAAGCUCUUAAUGAGGUAUGGGCACAUGCAGUUUUGGGUAAACAUGAUAAUGUUGUGCGUUAUUAUUCCGCAUGGGCGGAAGAUAAUCACAUGCUUAUACAGAAUGAAUAUUGUAAUGGAGGGAGCUUACAGUCUCUCUUACAAAAGCGAUCUCUGGUGGAGUCAGAAUUAAGAAUCUUACUAUUGCAUGUCGCCGAGGGUUUACGUUAUAUACACUCGAACGAUUUGGUACACAUGGAUCUGAAGUCGGGCAAUAUAUUUCUAACAAAAAUACCAUCAGUACAUAAAUCAUCAAUGCCACCAUUAACCAAAGAGUGCUACGAAACAGGUAUGGAUGGUAUUUACGAGGAAUUAAGCAAUUCCGAGUGGUUAAUAACGUACAAAAUUGGUGAUCUGGGACAUGUAACAUCAGUUAAUGAACCCUGCGUGGAAGAAGGAGACUGCCGUUAUUUACCUAAGGAAAUUUUAGAGGAUGAUUUUUCAAAUCUCUUCAAAGCCGAUAUAUUUUCGUUGGGUUUAACGUUAUAUGAAGCAGCUGGUGGUGGUCCGCUGCCAAAGAAUGGCCCCGAAUGGCAUGAUUUAAGAGAUGGCAAGGUACCCGAUUUGCCAACAUUAAGCCGAGAGUUUAAUGAUAUAAUUAAAGUAAUGACACACCCAGAUCCUCAAAAGAGGCCAUCAUCCACAUCCAUUUUUAACCAUUCCGUAUUAAAUUCAUUGGAAUCGAAGAGCAAAGCUCAACUGAGCCAAGAGUUAACUAUAGAAAAACGUAAAAAUGAAAUAUUAUUGCGAAAACUGAGGGAGGCGCGAAAAACCAUCAAAGCUUAUGAACAUAAUGCAAAAGCCCAUAACUCCAGUUUUAAUAGUCCUCAAAUGAUGUCUGACCAACGUUGCCUACGUUCCUAUACACGCAAAAAGCGUACGCCAUGUCUGAAUUCUAAAUUGGAAAGUCUACGUGAUCGAAACAAAAAUGUUAUUAAUAAUCUAAAAUAUUAAUUUGUUAUUUCAUUAUAAUUGUGUUUUUUUAUUUUAUUUUUAUUAUUUUGCUUUAUUAGUUCAUAUGUUUUAAAUCAUUUAAUUUCAUUAAAUAUCAUAAAUUGUGAAAUUUGUCUAACAAGCGUUAUUCCAAUCUCUCUCUCAGUAGUCCCUAAUUAAAUAUCCUUUUAUUAUUUUAAAUAUAAGCCCACCUAUAUAUUCUGCUUUGAGUUUUUGUAUUCGAUUUAUUAUUAUGUUUUUAUUCUAAUAAUUUACUUUUAUUUACAAAAAAAAAAAAAUAAUAAAAAUAUUUAUUAAUGUUUAUUAUCAAAAUAAAAUGUAAUUUCAAUAAAAUAAAAAAAUCCUGUAAAUAAGAAAAUAUAUAAUAUUUUUAAUAGUAAUGCUGUAUUUAUAUUGUUCAUAUUACCACUUUUAACAAUCAUUCUACAACUUUAUUCGUAACGAAUCAUUUUUGUCUUCUAUAUUAAUUUUCUCCCAUCUUAUUUUAUAUGUUAUAUUUGAAUUUAUUUGUGUGUUAAAAUUAAAUUUAUUAAUAAUUAUUUGUUAAGCUAUUUUUUAUAAUAUGAAUAAAAAAUUAAAC